AGCACUACAAUGAAUGGUCCAGUCAGCCCAUGGUGAACAGCAUCCCAGCAGGAAACCUCCAGCUCUGUGCUGCUGUCCUUUUCACAGGCUCAUCAUUUAGCCAGAUUUCUAAGUUCCUGGGUGCCUUCAAUGUGCAGGGACUGUCCAAGCAGUCAUUCUGUCGGCAUCAGGCAAAGCUCUUAAUUCCAACAGUGAGCUGGCAGUGGCAGCUAGAGCAAGCUGAUAUCAUCCAGGAGGCUACUGAAUCUGGACCUGUGACUCUUGGUGGUGACAUGCGAGCUGAUUCACCUGGACACUCAGCCAAAUAUGGCAGCUACACCAUGAUGGAUCUCAAAAGAAACAAAGUUAUUGAUAUCCAACUUGUACAGAGCAAUGAAGUUGGGAAUAGUGUGCGAAUGGAGAAGGAGGGAUUUGUGAGAAGUCUGAGCACACUUUUGGAGAGGGGGGUCGAUGUGCAGCAAGUCGUGACUGACCGCCACACAGGAGUGCAGAAGUAUUUGAGGGAGGAAAAAAAGGAAAUCAGUCACUACUUUGACCCCUGGCACAUGGGAAAAGGAAUUGGUAAGAAAAUCGAAGAGCUGGGGAAGAGAAAGACGACCCAGGAUGUGAGACUGUGGAAGCAAAGUGUGGUGAACCACCUCUACUGGUCAGCAUCCAGUUCCUCCUCAGGACAGGAGGCAGUUGCAAAGUGGACUUCAGUUGCCAACCACAUCCAAAAUGUGCACAGCCAUGACAACGCCCUGUUCCCUAGCUGUCUGCAUGCACCUCUGGAUGGAGAACAGGCAAGACAGUGGCUCAAACCAAGCACAGCAUCAUGUGAGAAGCUCACUGCCAUUCUGUUAGCUCCACGGUUUGUGAAGGACGUAGAGAAGAUAAGCCCUCAGUACCACACAUCCACCUUGGAGGCUUUCCACAGUCUCAUCAUCAGAUUUACUCCAAAAAGUCAAGUCUUCUCCUUCAAAGGAAUGCUGUCUAGAUUACAAAUUGCUGCAAUGCACUAUAAUGAAAAUGCAGCACGCUCACAUGCAGCAACAGCAACUGGUGAGCUGAGAUAUGCUGUAGUGUACCCAAAGUACAAACGUGGAGACUACACAGUGAGAGCCCUGAAGACCAAUCCAACCUCAUUAUAUGUGCACAAGCUUAUGGACCUGCUGUUCGACUCUGUGGUGGUGGAUCCUCUCCCAUAUCAGGAGUACUCGGACAAAAUUACGGUUCCAGAACCGCUCUGUGCCCAGUUCCAAAGACCAGAUAAACGGGAUGCUGUGAGCAGGCACAGGUCCAGGUUUUAAAGUGCACGUCAGGUGAGCUACACAGGAGAUUGUAAUUAUUAGUUAGUACUCUACUCUGUGUGGUUUCUCCUUUUCUCCUCCUCAGCCAGGCUGCACACCACUGUACGACAGAGGAGUUACCUGUCGUCAUUAUGGAUCUUUAUGCUCAUCCACUCGUGACUCAUGCUGUCCACCUCCCAGAUGUCUAUUGAUCUCUACAACCUUUCUGCUCUGUGGCUCCCAUACAACUUGAAAAUCUUGGCCGUAUGUAACAUAGCAAAACUCACCAGUCUUGCUUUUGUAAGUCAUACUAGUCAUACUAAUAUUACUUUUUCCUUAGAGCCUCCUGAUCUUGUAACAGAAAAACCUGUGCUCCCGGGAUCCAUCUCCACGUUUGUCAUCACAGUGAAAGCUACCUCCAGUCUAAGGAACCUAUGAAACAUCACUGUUGGCCCAACCUCUCCUCACAUGGCUCCAGAAUCUCUGC